CGAAAUAACAAGAGCCGCGUGACGGGGAGGUAGCUGCGUUGGUUGGUUGGUUUUAUUAUAGAUAGAAAGGUGAUCAGCACUGCCAUGAUGAAGGACAUCAACCACAGUCCCGGUCCAUCUGUUGUCAAGGAUCAGCAUCAUAAGGGCAGUACAAUACUUGACAAUGAAAUGAUAAAUUUGGAAGGCGAUGUAAAUGGGUAUAGCACGGACAUGAAGACCACCGAGAAUGGAACCACAAAAGGUGACAGUGAUAUUGAUGAUACCCAGGGGAAAAAUGGACACCAUCAAGAUGCUAAACCAACCAUUUCUGACUCCAAUGGACAUCAUCAAGAUGUCAAGCCAUCUACAUGCAGCCGCAGACGUGGCAGGAAGAGGUUUGGUGAUGGGCAGAUCACUCUCACAAGUUUCUUGUCCAGAAGCCAGAAAAAAGCAGAGUGCAGGACACAGUCAGAUGAAUCAGUAAAUGACCAUGGGGAUGCAAGUGAAGAAGCAAAGAAGAUGAAGGUGGAACAAGAUGAUACAAAUAAACCAUUGGGCGACAAGAGCGGCAUGUGUGCUGUGCAGGCCCCGCCGGCUCGGUGCGCCACCUGUCGCCAACUGCUGGACUCGCCAGACACCAGACUCUGCCAGGGACACCCACGAGGCGCCAUGGAUGAGUACGUGGCGCUGUGCGAUCCGCGCCUUGCGCUCUUCACCGGCGAGGAGGAGUUCGUGCAGGAAUGCGACGAGCGGCCGCAGCACAAGCUCACUCAGUUCUCCAUUUACGACAAGCACGGCCACCUGUGCCCGUUCGACUCGGGCCUGAUUGAGAGGAAUGUGGAGCUGCUGUUCUCGGGGUUCAUGAAGCCGGUGUUCGAGGAAGACCCCUCGUCCGAGAACGGGGUGCCCUGCAUGAACGUGGGCCCCAUCAACGAGUGGUGGACGACCGGGUUCGACGGCGGCGAGCUGGCGCUGGUCGGCUUCACCACAGCCUGUGCGGAGUACUACCUGAUGGAGCCCAGCGCCGAGUACGCCUUCAUCAUGGACUCGGUCCGCGAGAAGAUCUACAUGUCGAAGCUGGUGAUCGAGUUUGUCAGUGACUACCCCUACGCCACAUACGAAGACCUGCUGAACAAGCUGCAGAUUACAGUGCCGCCGUCUGGCCUGGGUACGGACGCCUUCACGGAGGACUGCUUGCUGCGCCACGCCCAGUUCGUGGUGGACCAGGUGCAGAGCUUCGACCUGGCUGGCGGUGACGAGGAGGCGCAGCUGCUCACCACCGCCUGUGUACGCGCCCUCAUCCGGCUGGCCGGCGUCACGCUCGGAAAACGCCGAGCGAUCCGUAAAGUGACGCGAGUGAAAAAGGUGGCGGCCGCGCCUCUCACCAAAGCCACGACGACGCCACUGGUCUCUGAACUGUUCGAGAACUUCUUCAAGGGACAGAUCCAAAAUGACGAUAAGCUGAAGCAGGGGCCGCGCCGCACGCGCUGUGGGGUGUGUGAGGCCUGCCAGCAGCCCGACUGCGGCGACUGCAAACACUGCCGCGACAUGGUGAAGUUCGGCGGCAGCGGCCGGAGCAAGCAGUGCUGCAUCAACCGCAGGUGUCCGAACAUGGCGAUUGAGGAGGCGGAGGACUCUGACGGCGGUGAGGACGAGGAGGACGACUCGACGAGGACGGCGGCGCUGGCGGCGGCGGAGCGAACACACCGCGUGCGGCGCCACUCCCUCAGUACGAGCUGGGCCGGCGAGCCGCGCGGUACCCACGCCGCCAGGACUUACUACAGCUCGGUGGAUGUCAACGGCGAGCGUCUGUCGGCGGGUGACUGUGUGGUGGUGGAGGCCGAGGCGGCCGGCCAGCUGCCGUACGUGGCCCGACUAGUGUACAUGUGGGAGACGGCCUCCGGACAGCGCUGCUACCACGCCGCCUGGUUCUGCCGUGGCCAGGAGACCCUGCUUGGAGAGACGGCCGACCCUGCCGAACUGUUCGUCACGGACGAGUGUGAGGACAUGCCCGUCGAGUCCAUCACACGCAAGGCGCGAGUCCUGGAUCGGAGCGACGCGCGCUGCUGGUUCCAGCAGCGCGAGUCGUUCCACGUACCAGAGAACGAGUCGGAUACGUUCUGGUUCCAGAAAAAGUACCGGCCGGAGCACGGCCGGUUUGAGGACGUGGCGGCGGAGCCGGUGGCCAUCGACGGCCGGCUCAACUUCUGCCCGUGCUGUGAGCAGCUCCGUCUGGAGGAGCUAAGCAAGGUGCCCGCCGUGGAGAGCCGACUGGAUGACGAGCCAGGGAGGAACGAGACGCGCUUCGGCCAGGUGCGCUGCGGCGGCGAGACAUACUCGGUGGGCAAGUGUGUGUUCCUGGACCCCGCCGCGUUCUCUCUGCGCCGGCGGCAGGCCUGGGUCAAGACGGUGGACGAGGAACUCUACCCGGAAUACUACCGCAAGGCCACCAGCUACGUGAAGGGCUCCAACGAGGAGACGCCGGACCCAUUCCGCAUCGGCCGCAUCAGCAGCAUCUUCACGAACAGAACAGGGAGCAACGCGGAGGCGGGUGACGUUUUCCUCCGCGUGACCAAGUUCUACCGAGGAGAGGACACAUUCCGGGGCACGGAGGGCUCGCAGCACAGCGACCUGCACAUGAUCUACUACAGUAGCGAGGAGGUGUCGGUGGCGUUCGGUCACGUGAUGGGCAAGUGUCACGUGGUGUACGGCGGCAACCUGACCUGCUCGCCGGAGGAGUACCGCCGCUGUGGACCUCACCGCUUCUACUUCCUCGAGGCGUACGACGCUGACGGCAAGAGCUUCACCGAGCCGCCGCCGGCCGCCAAACGCAUGGGACUCGUCAGAAAGGGCCAGGGCAAGGGCAAGGGUGCGGCGGCGCAGCGGGCGGUGCCGCCGCCGCCCGAACACCCGGUCGUGGCGCCGCUCCGCGCGCUCGACGUGUUCGCCGGCUGCGGCGGCCUCUCCGCCGGACUGCACCAAGUGGGCGUGGCCGUCAGCCAAUGGGCGAUCGAAAUAAACCAGCCGGCGGCCAACGCGUACCGGCUCAACAACCCGCAGGCCACGGUGUUCUCGGAGGACUGCAACCACCUGCUGCAGCUGGCCAUAGACGGUGCAGAGCAGAACGCCAGCGGCCAGCGGCUGCCGAAGCCGGGGGAGGUGGACCUGCUGUGCGGCGGGCCGCCGUGCCAGGGCUUCUCCGGCAUGAACCGCUUCAACUCCCGACAGUACUCGCAGUUCAAGAACUCACUGAUCGUCAGCUUCUUGAGCUUUUGCGACUUCUACCGGCCAAAAUAUUUCAUCCUGGAGAACGUGCGCAACUUCGUUUCCUACAAGGCCAACAUGGUGCUGAAGCUGACGCUGGCCUGUUUGCUGAAGAUGGGCUAUCAGUGCGGCUUUGGUGUACUGCAGGCGGGCAACUACGGCGUCCCUCAGACGCGCCGCAGGGCGAUCAUCAUGGCCUCGGCGCCCGGCUUCCGCCUGCCCCUGUACCCGGAGCCCCAGCACGUGUUCUCGCUGAGGGCCUCCUCGCUGGCCGUGGUCAUGGAGGACACCAAGUACGCGCCCACGUGCCGGUGGUCGCAGUCGGCGCCAUACCGGACUGUGACUGUGCGGGACGCCAUGUCUGACCUGCCAGAGAUCCUGAACGGCGAGAAGCACGAACAGAUGCCGUACGACCGCGACGCCAGCUCGCACUUCCAGAGAGUGAUGCGGGCCGGCCACGAGACGGCGCUGCUGCGCGACCACGUGUGCAAGGAGAUGGCGCCACUCAUCGCAGCGCGCAUCCGCCACGUGCCGACGGCGCCGGGCAGCGACUGGCGCGACCUGCCCAACCUGGCAGUCCGCCUCAGCGAUGGCACCACCUCGCGCCUCCUGCUCUACACACAGCACGACAAGAAGAACGGCCGCUCGGGCGGCGGCCGGCUGCGCGGCGUGUGCGCAUGCGCGGCCGGCCGGCCUUGCGACCCGGCCGACCGGCAGUACGGCACUCUGCUGCCCUGGUGCCUGCCACACACGGGCAACAGGCACAACCACUGGGCCGGCCUGUACGGGCGGCUCGAGUGGGACGGCUUCUUCUCCACCACCGUCACCAACCCCGAGCCGAUGGGCAAGCAGGGUCGCGUGCUGCAUCCGGAGCAGCACCGCGUGGUUAGCGUGCGCGAGUGUGCCCGAUCUCAAGGCUUCCCGGACUCGUACCGGUUCUUCGGCAGCACGCUCGAGAAGCACCGACAGAUCGGUAACGCCGUACCGCCGCCGAUGGCCGCCGCCAUCGGUCGCGAGAUCCAGCGCUCGCUGGCGCUGUCGGGCCGCGAGGGCGGAGCGCCGGCCGCGCGGGUGUGGGAGUAG